CUGCAUUCUCAAUAUACUACCGGUGCGGCACUGGUUACGAGCAUUGAAAAGGUUGCAACUGAUAUUGGUCUAACGACUACGACAGACUAUGUUACCCCAAAAGCAAUCGGAUUUUUGCCGAAAGGAAUGACAAAUAUAAAAGAUGCUGUGCUACUGGAGACAAGUCUACUGGAUCGCAUGUAG